AUCAACUCCACCCAACUAUAGAUAAAUACCCGUCUUCAGUUGAUCAUUCAUCAUUCCAGUCAGUCUCUCCGGCGACCGGAAAAUCAAGAAAAUCACUAAACACUCCGGUGUAAUUAUUGAAAGGCGUGAUGGAAAAGCAACAGGAAUUAGAGUGGAUUGAAGCACAGAAGAUCAAGAUAAGUGUUGAUCUUUUGUGUGCAGCUAAACAACAGCUUGAAUUUCUUGCUGCUGUUGAUCGGAAUCGCUGGCUUUAUGAUGGUCCAACUCUUGACCAUGCUAUUUAUAGGUACAACAUGUGUUGGCUUCCCCUGCUUGCCAAACACUCCGAGUCGUCACUUUUUGAAGGGCCGCUAGUCAUUCCUCUCGAUAUUGAAUGGAUUUGGCAUUGCCACAGACUCAAUCCAGUAAGGUAUAAAACUGACUGUGAGGAACUAUAUGGAAGAAUAUUGGACUACUCUAAUGUUGCAUCUUCUGUCCAAGAGAUAUGUAGAAAGCAAACUGAAGAAAUUUGGAUGAGGCUAUAUCCAGACGAGCCUUACGACUUCGAAUUAACAAAAGAAUUUUCUGUAACUGAAAGUGACAAACUUUCGGCUGUCGAAAAAUGCACCAAAUAUGAUUUAGUUUCAGCAGUUAAAAGGCAGAGUCCUUUCUAUUACCAGGUAUCUAGUCCCCAUGUAAAUAAUGAUAUUUUCCUGGAAGAAGCUGUAAACAGAUAUAAGGGGUUUCUGCAUCUCAUUAAGAGAAACAGUGAACAGUCCGUAAAACGCUUUUGUGUUCCCACCUAUGACGUUGAUCUUAUCUGGCAUACACACCAGUUGCAUCCUAUUUCUUACUGCAAAGAUUUAAGUGAAGCACUUGGCAAGAUAUUGGAGCAUGACGACAUGGAUGCAGAUAGGACGAAAGGAAAGAAGUUGGAUGUUGGAUUUUCUGGAACUACCAAGCAGUGGGAAGAUACAUUUGGCACAAGGUAUUGGAAGGCGGGUGCAAUGUACAGAGGCAAUGCACCGUCUCCUCUCACAAUCACUCCAUCAGUGCCGAAUAUCUCUAGAAAAGAUGUGUCACCAUCCAAGGAGAGCCAACAGAUGAUUCAACUUUCGGAGGUGAAGAUUGUGGAGGUUUUUCUGGAGAUUGUGGGAGUCAAAAACUUGCCGGAGGGUCUUAAAGGAAACCUCUCUGUCACGUUUAGUAAAAAGCACCCUGAUGUAUUCCUUAAUGUUAAAAGAAAUUUAACUAUUCUAUCUGAAUCUGGAGUGAAGCAGGUCGCCUCUUUCCAAUGUGAACCCAAGGGAGAGCUGCUUUUUGAACUCGUUGUUUGUUCACCUUCCAGCUUACUAGUGGCCAAGGCCUCUAAAACAAUGGGUACUGCUUUGUUUUCUAUCCACGACUUUCUGAAUCCGGUAUCCAAACUUGCUGUUGAGAAAUGGGUCGAAUUGCUGCCCAGUUCUGGCCAUGUGAGCUCAAAGCCAAUCUGCCUAAGAGUUGCUGUUUCAUUUACUGCUCCGGUCCAAGCACCACAUGUAUUGCACAUGGUUCAUUCGCGAUUAAAAAGUUCUUGUUUGUUCCCGCUUCCUGGAAUGGUUCAACAUGCUAAGAGCUGGACACACGUUAUUGAUGAAAAUGAUAAUGAGAUCAUCAGCCUGCAGAUGAGGGAAACUAAGGAAAAAGUGAAAGACAAGAGCAUUCAGAAGAAGCAAGUAAUUGGUUCAAUGAAAUCCGAUGAAACUCACAAGCUCGCAGAGUUUGUUGGGUCAUGCUGGUCUUUGCUGGAUUCUCAGUGGUACCUUCAGCUUACAGCUAAAACCAGCAAAGACAGUCAUGUAUUUGAGCUCAUGGGCAGUAAGAUGAUAAAGUUUUUCCAAGGCAGAAAGCUAGAAUUUGAGCCCAAACAAUUUGAGAAGCAGAGAAAUGAACAAGAUUUUAUGACUGCAGUUGAGUUUUCCACAAAGGAUCCAUAUGGAAAAGCAAUGGCAUUGGUCGACUUAAAGUCCGGGUCUGUCAAGGUAAAAGAAGAAUGGAUUCUCUUGCCCAUGAUUAUUUCAGCCUUCAUACUUACUAAUGUUCUGAAGAAUGAAGGAUAUGGUGGCUUCACAGUUAAUGAAGGAAGUCUAAAGGAGUUGGAUGGUAAUGCAAAAAAAGUUGGCGGAUUCUAUGAAGAUGUCAAACAAAUCAACCAAUCUAGUACUGAAGUUAUAGCAGGGAUAAAUGUGGCUGCAGUAAAAAGUGGAGGAUGUGGCAGCGGCUGUGGCAGUGGAUGCAAAAGUGUUGCGAGAAGUGGCGGCAUGGCACAAAGUGGAGGCCGUGGGAGCAUGGUAAAUAGUGGUGGUUGUGGUAGCGGUUGCGGUGGUGGCGGUUGUGGAGGAGGUGGAACCAUGGUAAAUAGUGGUGGUUGCAGUAGCGGUUGCGGUGGUGGCGGUUGUGGAGGAGGUGGAACCAUAGUAAAUGGUGGCGGCUGUGGUAGCGGCUGCGGUGGCGGCGGUUGUGGAGGAGGUGGAACCAUGGAAAAUGGUGGUGGCUGUGGUAGCGGCUGCGGUGGUGGUGGUUGUGGAGGAGGUGGAACCAUGGAAAAUGGUGGUGGCUGUGGGAGCGGUUGUGGUGGCGGAUGUGGAGGAGGUGGAACCAUGGCAAAUAGUGGUGGCUGUGGUAGUGGUUGCGGUGGUGGCGGUUGUGGAGGAGGUGGAACCAUGGCAAAUAGUGAUGGUCGUGGUGGAUGUGGUAGCGGUUGUGGUGGCGGAUGUGGAGGAGGUGGAACCAUGGCAAAUAGUGGUGGCUGUGGCGCUGGUGGCUGUGGUGGCGGUUGUGGAGGAGAUGGAACCAUGGCAAAUAGUGGCGGUUGUGGCGCUGGUGGCUGUGGUGGCGGUUGUGGAGGAGAUGGAACCAUGACAAAUAGUGGUGGCUGUGGCGCUGGUGGUUGUGGUGGCGGUUGUGAAGGAUAUGGAAGCAUGAUAAAUAGUGGUGGUGGUGAUGGAUGUAAAACCAUGGCAAAUAGGGAGGGCAAUGAGUUUGGAAAUGCAGCAGAAAGUAGUGGCUGCGGUGGAUGUGGAGGUAAUUCUGGCAAUACCAAAACAUUUGAGAGCAGUGUCAGCCACUCUCAUGUUGUUGCUGAACCAAAUGAGUCACUUGUCCAUGUGAUACAGGCAGUAGUUGCUUGACCCCCUAAGGUACUGAUAAAAUGCCUACAACUUGCAGGCUACUAAAUAUAUUAAAAGAAUGCCCCAAUAAAGUGUUCAUGAUCAUGAAUGUCAUGGAGGAAUAAGGUUCUUGUUGUUAUGCAAGUGUUAGGGUGUCUGCGUGAACAUAUGGCGUGUUUGACUACCAGUUGAGUAGCGUAUCCCGCUCGAUAAACUUUCCAUUAUCGCGUGUUCGUCGGCUAAAUAACAGGCAUGGUGAUUAUAUGUGUUGGGUGGUCAGAUUUAUGUAAAUAUAUGUAAUGCUAUAAUGAUUUGAGCUUCAGAAUUUCCAGUUUUCUUUGUGUCUCAAUUUGAAUUUGUCAAUUAUGUUAAUUUAUCAGAUGAAAAUGAAUGUCAAAUUAGCAGAAUUUUAAUAACUA